AUGGCAGAAGAAGCUCAGAAUGUUAGAGAAUUGCAGGAAUGGGUAACACGGAUGGAGAAGGUGAUGGUAUCAACGGAGGAUUUGCAGGUGGCUAUGCAGUCCUUAAAGGCCCAAGCGGCUUCUCAAGAGGCCAAGCAGGAGACUCGGGCUAACCGACUGGAGGAACAGAUGCAGCGCCAGGAGCAACGAAUGCUGGCGCAAAUUCAGGAGAUGUUAGCUAAUAGAGGUGGUCACGGAGCAAGAUUUGGAGCUACCGGGGAGACUUCGUUUUAUGAAGGAUCUACCUCGGGGGACGCUAUUGUCAAGGCCAAGACAGUCCGAUUUGCUGGGGAGACCUCGCUCCAGGAAGGAUCUGCCUCCGGGGACGCAAUCAUCAAGGCCAAGACAAUUCGAUUGGACUUUCCCAGGUUUGAUGGUGAAGAUCCUGAGACCUGGAGCUGCUGCGCUGAGCAGUUCUUUGACUUCUAUAACACCCCUACAGAGCACCGAAUUGCCCUUUCCUCCUUCCACAUGGACAGGAAGGCAUUGGUUUGGUACAGAGAGCUGAGAGCUAGCAACUCAGUGAAGACAUGGGAUGAGUUUGUUCGUUCCAUGCAGAUCCACUUUGGACAAAGCUCUUAUGAUGAUCCGAUGGAAACUCUGUCGAAAUUGAAGCAAGAAGGCACACUGGAGGACUAUAAGGACCAGUUUGACACACUGGCCCUCAAGGUUCACGGGUUACCUGACAGCUAUAAGCUCAGCUGUUUUUUGGGGGGACUCCGUGACGAUAUCCGCGUUAGGGUGAGGAUGUUUAAUCCGAAGAGUUUGAUUGAUGCCUAUUCACUAGCAAGAAUGCAGGAUGAGUGUCUGGUGACUGGUCGACGAAAUGCCCACCUUAGUUGGAAUUCGAACCAGGUGCACCAAUCCGGACAAGGUUGGAGCACUAAGUUACUGGUGGGAUUUGCAAAGAGCAAUAGACCCCCUAACAAUACCCAGAACAACGCGCCGGGACAGGGCAGAUCGGGUUUUGUGCCCCAGACAGGGAUAGGGCCCCCGGGUAGAGGAGAAGCCCACCCAAAUCAAGCACUAGUCCCUAUGCAAAAAAUUACACCAGCCCAGAUGGACGAGAGGCGGCGAAAAGGCCUCUGUUACUCAUGCGAUUCCAAGUGGACCCGAGGCCAUGUAUGUGCGGCGCCUAAGCUUUUCCUAAUUGAAGCUCUUGAGGAAGGUGAAGAGACGCAGGGCAAGAUGGAAGCGGCGGGUGAAGAGGAUCCGGGAGAGUUCUUCCUAGAGGAGUUCCCCGAGAUUUCCCUAAAUGCCAUCACUGGCACGCCGAGCCCAAAAACUAUGAGGAUAGUUGGAUUUUUGAGGCUCCACCAGGUGAUCAUCCUGAUCGACUCAGGCAGCACCCAUAAUUUUGUGGAUGCAAAGUUAGCUGCCACCUUGGGGAUUCAGCCGCAACCUCAGGAAGGAAUUCGGGUACAGGUAGCCAAUGGGCAGGAAGUUGUGAGCCCAGGCCGGAGUAGAGAGGUCGAGAUCAAGAUGCAGGGGAGUGUGUUCCCCUCCAGCCUCUUCAUUUUGCCACUGGCCGGAUGUGACGUUGUCCUGGGAAUCCAGUGGCUUCGGACUCUAGGGCCUAUUAUAUGGGACUUCAGUAAGCUCCAAAUGGUGUUCCAGCAUGGGGGCAAGGAGUGCGUGCUCCUGGGGAUGAAGAGGGGCCCGAGUGUGAGCUUCGAGGCAGGGGACUCCUUCAGAUUGCCUAAAAGGGAACAGAAGGGGGUGUUACUGCAAGUGAUCCCUCACUCACCCCACUGUUGGGCCUUGCAGGGUUCAGCAGUUUCUCUCACCCCCCGACUAGACCUCCUUGGUCCACUAUCCUCCAUUCUGCAGGACUAUGAGGACGUCUUCCAGGAACCCAAGGGACUUCCACCAGCUCGGUCUCAUGACCAUUCCAUCACCCUCCAGCCCGGUGCACAACCAGUCUCCGUUCGGCCCUAUAGAUACCCCUACUACAAGAAGGAAGAGAUAGAGAAGAUUGUGAAGGAGCUCUUGGAGUCUGGAGUGAUAAGGCACAGUCACAGCCCCUUCUCAUCCCCGGUGCUACUGGUUCGAAAGGCAGAUGGUUCGUGGCGAAUGUGCAUGGAUUAUAGGGCCCUAAACAAGGUGACCGUGAAGGAUAAAUUUCCUAUCCCUGUGGUAGAUGAGCUCCUAGACGAGCUAUGGGGGGCUAAGGUAUUUUCAAAACUGGACCUAAGGUCCGGAUAUCACCAAAUUCGGGUGGUAGAGGAGGAUGUUCCAAAGACAGCCUUUCGCACUCAUGAAGGCCACUACGAGUUCUUAGUUAUGCCCUUUGGGCUAACUAACGCCCCCUCUACUUUCCAAGGACUCAUGAACUAG